AUGGAAGAGACAAGCCUGAGAAAAAGGAGGGGGGAUGAGAAGUCGAUCCAGAGCAGCGAACCCAAGACCACGAGUCUCCAAAAGGAGCUGGGCCUGUUCAGUGGCACCUGCAUCAUCGUGGGCACCAUCAUCGGCUCUGGGAUCUUCAUCUCCCCCAAGUCUGUGCUCAGCAACAUGGAAGCCGUGGGACCCUGUCUCAUCAUAUGGGCCAUGUGUGGGGUUCUUGCGACACUGGGUGCCCUGUGUUUCGCGGAGCUUGGCACAAUGAUCACCAAGUCGGGGGGCGAGUACCCCUACCUGAUGGAGGCCUUUGGCCCCAUUCCAGCCUACCUCUUUUCCUGGAGCAGCCUGUUCGUCAUAAAGCCCUCAUCCUUUGCCAUCAUCUGCCUCAGCUUCUCCGAGUACGUUUGUGCGCCCUUCUACUCCGGCUGCAGCCCUCCCCAAAUUGUCAUUAAAUCCCUGGCUGCCGCUGCCAUCUUGCUCAUCUCCACGGUGAACGCGCUGAGUGUGCGGCUGGGGAGCUACGUCCAGAACGUGUUCACGGCAGCCAAGAUGGUGAUCGUGGUCAUUAUCAUCAUCAGCGGACUUGUCCUCCUGGCCCAAGGAAAUACGAGGAAUUUUGAAAACUCUUUUGAAGGCGCAUCAUUGUCUGUGGGCUCCAUCAGUCUGGCAUUAUAUAAUGGACUCUGGGCGUAUGAUGGAUGGAAUCAACUCAACUACAUCACAGAAGAACUUAGAAACCCUUUCAGAAACCUGCCCCUGGCCAUCAUCAUUGGGAUCCCACUGGUAACAGGCUGCUACAUCCUCAUGAACGUGUCCUACUUUACUGUGAUGACGGCCACCGAACUCCUGCAGUCCCAGGCUGUGGCCGUGACGUUUGGUGACCGUGUCCUCUACCCCGCCUCGUGGAUCGUUCCGCUCUUCGUGGCGUUUUCAACCAUCGGUGCCGCUAACGGGUCGUGCUUUACUGCGGGCAGACUUGUUUUCGUUGCAGGCCGGGAAGGCCACAUGCUGAAAGUGCUGUCUUACAUUAGCGUCAAGCGCCUCACUCCAGCUCCUGCCAUCAUGUUUCAUGGCAUGAUCGCGAUCAUUUACAUCAUCCCUGGUGACAUAAACUCAUUAGUCAAUUACUUCAGUUUUGCUGCAUGGCUGUUUUAUGGUUUGACGAUCACUGGACUCAUUGUGAUGAGGUUUACAAGGAAAGAGCUGAAAAGACCUAUCAAGGUGCCCAUUUUCAUCCCCAUCUUGGUGACUCUCUUAUCCGUGUUUUUGGUUUUGGCCCCAAUCAUCAGCGCACCUGCGUGGGAGUAUCUCUACUGUGUGUUGUUUAUGCUGAGCGGCCUUGUAUUUUAUUUCCUUUUUGUCCACUAUAAGUUUGGAUGGGCUCAGAAAAUCUCAAAGCCUCUCACCAUGCACCUUCAGAUGCUGAUGGAAGUCGUCCCCCCAGAGGAAGCUCCAGAGUAA